ACGAAUCAAAACAAAAACACGAUGUAAACAACAACGAAUGAAACGUAAACAACACAACGAAGACGAAAACAAAUCGUGUCGAAAAACGACGCGAACAGAACCAACGAUUGAGAUGGUCUCGCAAAUGAACCACAUUCAACAAUUAACCAUACAAGCGAUAAGUUCAGUGAGAAGAAAAAAAAAAUAAAUAAAAAAGAAAACGACGAAGUAAAAAUAAAUUCUUUGACUUCAUCGAGAAAACAUAUAAUAAAUAGUACACGAAAGACAUAAGAGAAAGUGAACAAAGUAAUACAGACAGUCGUGUCACUAGCGGCACAAAAGUACAAACAUUUAUAAAAAUAAAAAUUUCAUUUUAUUAAAUUUGUGAUUGUUGUUCAACAAAGGAAAAGGAGAAAAAAAGACUAAUUUGUUCCUAAAUUCCUUCGAAGUGCAAAGAAAUUUUUUGUGUUCGAUGAACAAUUUACGUUAUCGAAAGACUCUUGGCGGUGUUGGCAUAAUAACAACAUGUGGCCUUAUUUUAUACGAAAAACAUAGAAUUAAAAAAUUUCUAUCGAAAAUUGUUGACACGAACAAGGGCAAUAAUGGAGAUAAAUCUGAACCUGACUACAUUUAUAUCAAAUAUCACAUCUAUAGGGAAUCGAUGAGAAAAUUGAAACAAAAGGAAGAAGACGAUAAGAAAUGGAUUAGCGUCAUUGUAAAUCCGGUUGGUAAAUGGUGGAAGGCUUUGAAACAUUCCGUUGCAUGGCGUUUAUUGGAUAUUGCCCAAAAUGGAAGUCAUCACGACCGUUUGAAGGCUGUUCGGCAAUUGGCGAGCAUCGAUCAUUUGAAAGACUGGGAUUUUCGUCACUUGGCUCAAAUAUGUGAUGCACGCACCGCUGUGUCCUUGGCCCGAUCUGGUGCCGAUAAACGUUGGUUCGUACCCGUUCACAUGAAGGGUUGCAUCAAGAAUCCCAAACUGGUACUGUCUGAGUUGCAUGAUUUAUUGUCACACCUGAACUCGGCCAAAUUCUGUGUUAAACAUUUCUUUAAAAAGUAUUUUCCGGAACAAGAUCCCGUGGAGGACGUAUGCGAAUUCUUUACCCAGGACCAUCCCGUCUCAUUCAAUGUCCAUGAAACCGAUUUGCUUAAGGAAAUUAUUGCAUUUUUACAUCACGUGACCAAAGAACCCGAAGUCUCAGAGCAAAUUAUCAAAGAGGGCGGUCUGGUACAUCUAAUGGAAUUGGCAAAAAUAUUUGCCGAUGACAAUGAGACCCUUUCGACACUCUGUAAAGUUUUGGCAAAUAUAUCCUUGGUUAAGGAUAGUGUAGAGCAUUUCUUUGUUAGUGGUUGGAUUGGAGUAUUAGCCGAAUGGCAGCAAUGUCCCGAUCUAAGACUACAAGUGAUCUCUGCAAAAACUAUGGCAAAUCUUGACCACGACGAUCCCAAUUACACUGUUUAUCCGCCCAAUGUAUAUCCAUUGCAUCCACGUUUGAGAACUCGUACCAAACCAAAGGCCGAUAUUAUUUUUAUUCAUGGGCUUUUGGGAGGAGUUUUCAUAACAUGGCGCCAGAAGGAUCGCAAACCAACGGAAUUGGGUCUCUAUGGUAAAAAUGCAUUUUACACCAGUGAAACCGAUGAUGUUUUCUUGGUUGGCGAACAGCGGCGUUUAAAUUUGAAAAAGAAUGCAAAUGGAAAUAAGAACAAAACGGAGAAGAAUAUAGACAAUGAAUCAACUGUCCAGCAUGAAGAAAAGGAAGUCACCGAUGAAAAGAAGAAAAUAUUAAAAGCCCACACUAAAUCUUCAAGUAAACCUUUGGCUAUAAGUGAUGCAGCCACCAAGGAAUUGGUGGAAUCCCUGAAAAGUGAACCUGAACUAGAGGCCGAUUGGGAAGUUGUACAUCCGGAUGUUCCUUUGGCUGCAAAUGAAAAUUGUUCCGGCGAAUUUAGUGUAUCCGGCAACGAUUGGAUAAAUCAAGACAACGAAGAGGACUAUACCAAUUGCUGGCCAAUGGAAUGGUUACCAGAAGAUCAUCCAAAUACAAGAAUAAUAGGCAUAGAUUACACCUCGGCUGUAACCGAAUGGUCAGCCAACUUCACCAAAUAUUGUCCCUGUGAAAAGGGACAAGGACACAUAGAGACCAGAGCCAAUUCUCUACUAGAGCGUAUCUCAAUGUCUGAUAUAGGCAAAGACAGGCCCGUUGUUUGGAUUGGUCACUCAAUGGGAGGUAUUCUUACAAAGUUAAUUCUGAUGAAAGCCAAAGACAGUAAAGAUCCCAAAGUGCAGCAACUCGCCCAAAAUACCAGCAGCAUUGUAUUCCUUGGCACACCCCACAGAGGCUCUCCCAUAGCCAAAUGGAAGCAACAUAUGCAAAUGAUACUUUCCCCCUCCAUUGAGGUAAAGGAAAUGGAGGAAAACGCGCCACGCCUUCUAGAAUUACACGAACAAUUUAUGAACUGCCUACGUACCUGUUUCCGCAACAUCAAAGUGGUUAGCAUUGCCGAAGGAAAGCCCACCAUGCUGACAUCCUUUAAAUUUCCUUUGCGCAUUGUAACCGAAGAAUCUGCACGCAUAAAUUAUGGUGACUUUUAUGUUCUGAAAGAUGACCAUCUCAGUCUCUCGAAGCCCAUUUUCCGACAAUCGUUCCUUUACAAGCGUCUAUUGCAAGUAAUAGAUGAGACUGUGAAUGAGAAAAGUGAUCCCGUUCUAAAGCAAGCACUGUCUAGCAAAAGCUCCGAGAUACUGUCGCAAAAGUCACCAGCCGUUCAUACUCCUAGCAUUGUAGAACAAGCUAAGAAUAUUUUGGCAUUGUUACCACAAAUUGUACUUAAAUUUUCCACAACGUAAUCGUUGGCACAUGUAAAUGUCUCCUAAAAAAUGUGUGGCAUAGUGUAUUAUGGCAUUCCUUAUAAACAAACCUACCUUGUCCCUUGUAUUUCUAGAUUUCCCAAUGUAUUACUUCGAACGAAAUUUUUCUUAAUUUCAGGAGCUUGUCUGUCCAUUAUAUUAAUGUAUGUAUAUUUAUUUAAACCCGUAGUUGUACUCAGUUAUCUAUUAAUACCACCAUCGAAUCAUGUAAAUAGUAAAAAAUGAUCAUUAUUUUUGUAUAUUUCUCACCACGAAUACCUGAAUUUUUUAAAUAAAUAUAAAUUAUUUUUUUAAAAUGUA